UCACUGUUAACAUAUAAAAUUGUAAAAUUAAGAAAACUCUAAAUUGAUUAUAUUUAAUUUGAUUGACCAAUGAUGUUUGUUUGAUAUUGAAAUUGAAAAUAAAAAAAAUUGUUUUUUGUUUUGUUUUUUUCUAAACAAUUAUUUUAAAUAUAAAAAAUUUAAUUUAUUUAUUUUAGAGUUUGAAAAAGUGAUUUUCUUGAGAUCUCCAUUCUUUUCACUGGCUAGUCCAAUACAACAACGGAGUAAUACACCAACUUCCUCUGACUGCUCAAUACCUUUCCAAGAAACUUCUUUCCAGAUUAAGGUUAAGAGUUCAUCUUCUGAACUCCUCGCACGGAUUUUGAUCUCAAGGAAGAGUUCCACCUGCCUGAUCUGCAUUCAUGUUUCUCGUCUUACACACUGAUCGUCUCUUUGUCCAUUAAUUUCUUUGGUACUUUUCAAAAUGGCUUCUGCUUCAUCUUCCAUCAUCCCCUCUAAAAUCACCUAUGAUGUUUUCCUUAGUUUUAGAGGCAGUGAUACUCGCUCAAAUUUUACCAGUCAUAUUUAUGCUGCGUUGUGUCGGAAACAUAUCACAACAUUCAUUGAUGAUAAUAGUCUUGAUAGAGGAGAAGAAAUCAAAGAAACCCUUCUCAAAGCGAUUGGAGAAUCCAAGAUUUAUGUAAUAAUUUUCUCGGAAAAUUAUGCUUCCUCUCACUGGUGCCUGGACGAACUCGUCAAGAUAAUGGAAUGCAUGAAAACAAUGGGGCGAAAGGUUUUGCCCGUUUUCUACCAUGUAGAUCCUUCUGACGUUAGAAAGCAAACUGGAAAACUUGGAGAAGCAUUUGGGAAAGUUAAACAGCAAUUCAAGGAGAGCAUAGACAGGGUGGAGAGGUGGAGCACUGCUCUGACUGAAGCAGCCAAUCUAUCUGGAUGGGAUUCAAGCAAUUAUAGGCUUGAAUCAGAAUUAAGUGAAAGAAUUGUCAACCAAAUUGCAAAGAAAUUGUGUCCUAUCUUCUUUAGCACUUCCACUGAUUUGGUAGGGAUUGAUUCACACAUUGAGCAAAUUCUGUCAUUGUUAAGCAUUGGGACGGUUGAUGUUCGUUUUGUUGGAAUUUGGGGAAUGGGCGGUAUAGGCAAGACAACCAUUGCUGAAGCUCUUAUUUGUCAAAUAUUUGAUCAAUUUGAUGAUUUUUGCUUUUUAAGAAAUAUUAGGGAGAAAUCAAAAAAGCACGAAUUGGUUCAUUUAAGAAAAUGUCUUUUUUCUGAACUUUUACAAGAUGAAAAUCUAAGCAUAGAAAUGCUCCAUGUAAUUCCCACUUUUGCUAUGGAGAGGCUCAUAAGAAAGAGGGUUGUUGUUGUUCUUGAUGAUGUCAAUGAUUCAGAUCAAUUAACUGCUUUAGUUGGAAAUCAUGGAUGGUUUGGCCCAGGAAGUAGAAUCAUUAUAACUAGUAGAGAUAAAGAAGUGCUUAAUGGUAAGGUUGAUGAAAUAUACAAGGUUGAGGGACUAAGGCAUAGUGAAGCUUGUCAACUAUUUAGUUUGAAAGCCUUCAAACAAAAGUAUCCUCCGAAGGAUUUUAUGGAGUUGUCAGAAAGGGUGGUAGAUUAUACCAAAGGUCUUCCAUUGGCUCUUCAUGUGUUGGGUUCCCAUCUAUGUGGAAGGUUUCCAGCAGAAUGGAAAAGUGCAUUGAGCAAAUUAAAUCAAUUUCCUGACUCCAAUAUUCAAAAAAUCUUAAAAAUCAGUUAUGAUGAGCUAGAUCCAGUGGAAAAGGAUAUAUUUCUCGACAUUGCAUGUUUCUUCAAGGGAAAUGAAAGAAAUUGGGUAGAAGACAUACUAAAUGGCUCUGGUUUUCCUGCUGGCUGGGAAUACUGA